AUGGCUAAUAAUAUACAAGCAAGAAGAGGACGUUGGGUUCAAGAAGAUGACGGAAGAGCAGCGGAUCGUGACAUGGAGAUGGAAGAGAUGAGAAGGACCAUACAACAAUUACAAACACAACUUCGACGUUACCAAAGGCAAGAACGGCGAAGGAUUCCUAAGGAUGAUAACGAAGGGUCUAAUAUUAAUCCCUUUCAUGAUGUUGAUGAAGAUGACUCUAGCGAUAAUUCUGAUUUUGCUAGGAGACGACAAGAUGAUGAAUUUGAUCAUCCAAAAAUAAGGAGGACUCAUAUAAGGGAGAAAAGAGAUGAUGUGAAGGUUGAUGUUCCUGAUUUUGAUGGAAAAGCCCAAGGGGAUGCGUUUAUGGAUUGGUUACUCACCGUUGAACGAAUCUUUGAGUUCAAGGACUACUCUGAGGAGAAAAAGGUGAAGAUUGCUGCCAUCAAGCUUAAAGGAUAUGCAUCACUUUGGUGGGAGAAUCUUAAACGAGAAAGAGAAAGAGAAGGUCGUGGAAAGAUUCGAACGUGGGAGAAGAUGAAAAGAGAACUGCGUAGACGUUUUAUUCCUAAUACAUACAAGCAAGAAAACUAUCUGAAGUUUUAUAAUCUUCGUCAAGGAGACCUGACCGUGGAAAACUAUACUCGGGAGUUUGAAUAUCUCAUGAUUAAGUGUGAUACUCGAGAACAUGAGGAGCAAACUAUAGCAAGGUACAUUGGUGGGUUGCGGCUUUCCAUCGCAGAUGCUAUUCGACUGCAACCUUAUUGGACAUUUAAUGAUGUGCGAAAACUUGCUAUCAAUGUUGAACAACAACAAAAGGAGCCGAAAAGAUCUUACCCCAAGAAGAACUAUUCUAACCAGGGGAAUAAUAAUAUUGGUGCUGGGAAUUCCAAGGCAAUUCAUAGAGGUAAUUCUUCUAAUUCAACUAAUGCUAAGAGUGAUGAGAAGAAACCUCAAGGGGAUUCAACUAGGAGAAAGUGUUUUAAGUGCCACGGUUUUGGCCAUCUACAAGCUGAUUGUCCCAAUCGAAAGCCUAUUAUGAUAGUUGAGGAAGAAGAUGGGGCUGAUCAUGAAGACAACCAAGAAUCUGAUCAAGUUGAUGAGGAACGUGAGGAUGCCGAAAUUGAAGCCGAUGAAGGUGCUUGUUUAGUUAUUCAGAGAAGCUUACAUGCUGGACAUAAAGAUGAAGAGUCAUGUCAAAGAGAAACACUUUUCCACACUAGGUGUACUUCACAUGGCAAGGUAUGUUCUGUGAUUAUUGAUGGUGGAAGUUGCACUAAUGCUGUUUCGGAAGAGAUGGUGACUAAAUUGGGUUUGAAGACUGCGAAACAAGAAGCUAUAUUGGGCUUUUGUUAUUUAGGGUGUCAACAACAAGCUCUUGUGAACCCAAGAAUUGGGAAACGUAAAAGACUUAAAUACGUACCUAAAACUGAUAAGUUCAAAGAAAGGAAGUAA